AUGGCAUCUGGGAUUGGGUCUAACUACAACCAAGCCGUGGCCCGAUCCGUAGAGAAAUGGGCCGUACAAUCGAACAGUAGGUGGAAAUGGGAGAAGAUGGGUGAAUUAAGAGAUGGGAGGUUAAGCAGAGAUGCGAUUGACGCUGUUCCGUGGAGAGGGAAACUGUGUAUGGUGAAUGUGAAGGGGGACGCAGCCAAAAACGGCGUUGGAUUCGUGGGAGGAGAUGCCGGAGGGAUGGUGGCAGGGUGGAGAGGACCAGCGGCGGCGAUGGACGAGGAGACGAUCUACGUUGUCAAUGAGACGACGGGGACGUUGAGAAGGUAUGACGCUGUUCUGGAUUCGUGGGAGCUGGUGGUGGGGAGGAGCGGCUGA